AAAGACCGCUUGCUCGAUCCUCCUCUGCUCAGCGUGGACUUACACACGGACACCGGUCUUCUCCUUGUGCACGAGCACACUUCCUUGGGUAUAUCAGAUCGUCUAGCCUCCGUCUAAUAAGCGUUAUGGCCGCUCAAACGACUACCGGAAGAAAGGACGUUGACCUCGCGGAGUGCGCCUUGUUGCAAGGAGAAGAGUGGGAGGUCCUCGAGUCCAUCUACCCCGACUGUGUUUCGGGUGAUCCAUCCAGUGGGUUGGUAAAGCUGGAGAUACCUAUAGAGUUCUCGGGACCUAAGGCCGUCUACGUGCUGGACGAUCGGAUAGAGCCUCCCUACACGACUGCGGAUUCAGAACGCAUUGGAACUGGACCAUCUUUCGUGCCUGAAUCACCGUCUUUGUCCCUGGCGACCCUUCCGCCACUCCUGCUCGAUGUCAUGUUGCCGGCAACAUAUCCGUACAGCCCUCCCGUGAUACAAUCACUCCACGCUACACAAUCGUGGCUCCCGGUAUGCACCCAGCUCCGGCGCAUCCUUCUCGAGAGGUGGCAAGAUGGCGAGGGAGUACUUUACAACUGGAUUGAACUGAUACGGAGUGGCGAGUUUCUCGAGGAGCUCGACAUGUGUUCCGAGGUGAACGGGAAGGAAGCCGUCAGGAUAUCCCACCCAGCACCACACAUGCUGAUACCCCUACUCAAGGCGUGCGACCAGUCCGCUCAGCUGACAAGGUUCUCGCAGGCCUCCUAUGAAUGUCAAAUCUGUCUCACCUCGAUAAAGGGUGCGCGGUGUAUCUUACUGUCCUGCCAACAUGUGUUCUGUCGUGCAUGCCUGGAGGACUUCUGGAGGCUCUGCAUUACCGAGGGCGACGUCGGCCAUGUAGGCUGUCCAGACCCACAGUGCGUGAAGGCCGGCCGCGAGGCGAACGAGGAGGAGGUGAGGAGAGUAGUGACAGAAGAAGAGGUGCGGCGUUGGAAAUGGUUGCGGGAGAAGCGUGAGCUGGAGAAAGAUCCGAGUAUCAUUCACUGCCCCAUGUCCUUCUGCCAGAGGCCUGUGCCUAAGCCCGUGAAUGUGGAUGACGGCAGUGGAUGGGAACGUUUGCGAGAAUGUCUAGAUUGCGGCUACUCGUUCUGCGCUUACUGCAAGCGGACAUGGCAUGGUCCCCUCUCUGACUGCCCAAUAUCCAUGACGGAGUCGUUCGUGCUCGAGUACCUGGCGCAGCCUGAGGGCUCAUCCGAGCGCGAGGUGCUCGAGCGACGCUUCGGGAGAAACAACAUUCGCAGGCUCGUAGCCAAGUACGAGGAGGAACAGGCGAACAAGCAGUGGCUGGAGGACUCGACAAUGUCGUGCCCCAGCUGCCACGUCUACGUCGAGAAAUCGUUGGGAUGCAAUCACAUGACCUGCGCGAAGUGCAAGACGCACUUCUGCUACCGGUGCGGGGAGAAGCUGCAGGCGAGCAACCCCUACGUGCACUUCAGCACGCCUGGGCAGCGGUGUUACUCGAAGCUGUUUGACUUCCAGAGCAUCGACGACGAGUGGCAGCCCGUCGAGGGCUUUGAGCUGUUGUAGUGCGGCGUCGGCGGAAUAUAUU